AUGGAACAUGAACUAAUUAAAGAAGAAAAUGAUUCAACUGAUCAUGAAAAAAUUAAAAAGGAAAUAAUACUAGAAGAAAAUGUUACAGUAAAACAUGAAAUAAUUAAUUUAAAUGAACAGUUUUCACAACAAUUGAAUACAGAAUUCCUAAUCAAGGAUGAAGAUGAAGAAAAAUCAAUUCAAAAUGAAGACAAAAACAAUUCAAGUGACGUUUGUGAUAAAAAAUUUACUCAGAAAAGUAGGUUGAUUAAGCUAAAACGAAUUCACAUUGAGAAAAAAUCUUUUUCAUGUGAAAUUUGUGAUAAAAGAUUUACCCGACAACAGCAUUUAAUUCAACAUAAACGGAUUCAUUCUGGACAAAGGCCUUAUUUAUGUGAAGUCUGUGAUAAAAGUUUUACUACUCAAAGCAAUUUAAAUAACCAUAAAAGGACGCAUAGUGAAGGAAAAUCAUUUUCAUGUGAAGUUUGUGACAAAAGAUUUACUCAGAAAAGUGGUUUAAUUCAUCAUAAACGAGCUCAUACUGGAGAAGGUGAAAUUUUUUCGUGUGAAAUUUGUGAUAAAGGAUUUAUUCAACGAAGCAGUUUAGAAAUACAUAUACGGACUCAUACCGGUGAAAAACCAUUUUCCUGUGAAGUUUGUGAUAGAAAAUUUACUCAACAAAGUAGUUUAACUAAACAUAGACGAAUUCAUAGUGGAGAAAAACCUUUUUCAUGUGAAUUUUGUGAUAAAGGAUUUACUCAGCGAAGCAGUUUAGAAACACAUAAACGGACUCAUACUGGAGAAAAACCUUUUUCCUGUGAAGUUUGUGAUAAAGCAUUUAUCCAGCGACAACAUUUAAUGCGACAUAAACGAGUUCAUAGUGAAGAAAAACUUUUUUCAUGUGAAGUUUGCGAUAAAAAAUUUACGAAUCAAGCUAAAUUAAUUGAACAUAAACGAAUUCAUUCUGGAUCGAAACCUUAUUUAUGUGAAGUCUGUGAUAAAAGUUUUUCAACGCAAAGUAAUUUAAAUCAUCAUAAAAGAACGCAUAGUGGAGAAAAAUCAUUUUCUUGUGAAGUUUGUAAUAAAACAUUUGCGCAGAAAAGCGGCUUAAUUCAACAUAAACGUGUUCAUACUGGAAAAAAACCUUUUUCGUGUGAAAUUUGUGAUAAAGGAUUUACCAAAAGACAGCAUUUUAUUCAACAUAAACGAGUUCAUAAUGAAUAAAAACAAUAAAAACAUUUUUCAUGAGAAAUUUGUCAUAUUUGGAUUUACCCGGCAACUGCAUUUAAUCCCUAUCCCUAUAUAUUAUAAAUGUAACAGUAAGGAUGUUUGUUUGUUUGUUUGUUACGCUUUCACGCAAAGACUACCGAAUGAAUUUGGAUG